AUGCGCAUUGCUGUGUACAACCCAUUGUCAGCGGGGACAAUCGAGAGACUUACAGACAUCAGCUUGGGACUCAAACAGUGGGACAUCAUUAUGAUUUGCGGCAGUGCCGAAUGGUGUGGACCAGAACCAAUUGGCAAGCACACCACGGACGCGCUAGGAGUCAGGACAAUGGUAGUGGUAGGAGGGGACCUCAACAGUGACAUGGGACUGCACCGCGACUCGGACGGCAUAGUAACAGACGAGGAGCAGGAGAGCAUCAGAGAGCAGCUGAAGGAAGUCACGGCAGUAUUGAAGCAGAUCAGGGAAACGCACGAGAAGCAGAGGAAGAAGCGGCUAGUGGAGGAGAUCUGGGAGGCACAUGAGAGGAGCGACUUUGCAGAAAUGCACCGGCUGCGAAUCCAGUACCAGAUGAACGGCAGAGGACCAAAAAAGAGGUACUACUUCUCACCCAAGACACACUGGGAUAACAACAAGUGGGAGCAGGAACUAAGUAAGGACCCCUCCCAGGGUGGAUUAGGAACUGUCCCGAUCUCGCUGCAGCAACAACUACAGGAGCAUGAGGAGUACUAUGCCGACCAAAUGCCACUACCAUGCGAUCACGACCUUAUGGCGAGAGUAGCGCAGGACAGGAGGAGCAUGUUGCAGUACAGCAAGAGAGCAGGCAAGAGGAGAGCGUGGCCAGAAUGGGGAUUGCCAGUAGAAGCCACCUUGCUCUUACUCGACCCGCAGAUCAACCUCGGCAGCCCAGGCGAACUUAGCAAGCGAAGAGAAGCUAGAGCAAUCAGAGAGGCUGAGAAAAGGAACGACGAAGAGGAGCUGGAUAAUUCUUUCAGCAAUAGGAUCACGGCAUUGGACCAUGCGAAGAGGGCUAAAGAGAAACACGGCACGUGCUACGAAGACCGUAGCAAGUGGGCCCACGAGAGCUACCCUCUCUUCAGCAACGCCUCAGAUCUCACCACCCUGGACCAGCUGAUCUUCGCCCAGCCCACGAUGGCGCUCCCCGCGCAAGCGGGGCGGCAGGUCGCAAAGCGAGGGCCCCAAGCCACAGGAGCCGCGGGAGCCGCCAAGAAGGGCAAGGGCAGCACGGGCAAGGGCGGAGCAGCCAGUGGCUCGGGAGGCGGCCGCGCACCUGCUGGGGACGACUUAGACUUCGAGAACGAGGGCUACGGCAACAAGCUCACCACGAUCCAGAAGCUGAGCUUGCGGAACAGCCAAGACAUCAGGGAGCUGUGCCACGCGGGGAUGUGGGAGUCCCUCGACGGCGACCAAGGGAGCGAGACAGCGAAAGCGGCGAAAGCCAUCCUGCAGGAGUACGUCGAGGCGACGAACCACGCUCUCGGACUCCUCAUCGCGCAGGAGACCAUCUUCACUUUCCAGGUCGCGGAGACCUACGAGAAGGAGGAUCUGGACGAGACGGAGCGGAUGGGCAGGAUGCACUACGCCUUGGCGCCCCAGCCCACGAUCGUGGCCAUCUUGCAGAAGAGCGAGCCUGGAGAGCAGGUGCUCCUGGCCGCCAGGAACUACAGCCCCGUCAAGCUCAAGGAAGCGAUGACCACGGUGCUACUCUGCUGCAACGGAACCAAAGCGACAGGAACGCCAGGGUUCGCCAGUGACUGCGACGGGGACGCCAAGCGGAGUGCAACCGGCACCGACAGAGGCACCGACGCAGGGCAUGGCCCACCAGCAGCGCCACCAGCGCACCUCGCGCACUUCGACAUCCGCUACAACAGCGCCAGUGGCCGCUUGAUGACAGGCAACAGCAGGCCGAGGUCUACGAGGCCUGUGCUUGACGAGCAGAUCGCCCCGCUGAACGGCAUCAUCUCAGCGCUCAUCAGGCAGCAGACGCUCGUUCACUUGUCGCUUGAGCGGCUUGCGCCCCCAGUGGUCAUGGAGCAGGAAGAGAUGCUGGAGCGCCAGGAAGUCAUCAGGCAGCUGGCGAGCCAGCGCACGAUCCUCGCGAAAGCAGUGAUGGGCUUGAGGUACGGCCUGAACCAGAUUCAGACAGAGGAUAAAUCGCUCGUCGGCCCUUGGCCCGACGAAAUCAACUACGUCGACGAGCUGGGCCUCAACAGCGGCGUGGCAGCCGCAGCGGGUGAUUGGUACUCGGGCGGAGGUCGCAUGGGCAGAUCUAUGGCCAAGUACCUGAUGCCUUAUGUCAGCGGCUUCCAUGGCCGCCGAGCUUACGAGAAGACGCUCCAGGCGAGCCUGGCCUCGCGCCUGCAGUUUGCAGACGUCGCGAGGUACGUCGGCAUCUCCACCACGCCGCCCCACCGCCAUGCGGCCGCCGCCUCCGCCGACCCGAGGAGGUCCACGCAGACCGCAGGCACACCGUCGGCCUCCAGUGCGGGCAGCCGCCCCCCCCCGCGAGCUCGCAGGGGCUCCCCCCCGCUGGGCCAGGCGGCCAGGAGCGGCGAGGCCCUCCGCAGCAGCUCGAGCCCCUCGCUGCCCCGCGGCGCCGCCGCCAGCCCGACGGGCUGGCCCGCCGCGCAGGGCUGCAGGCAGGCGCGGCCGGCGGAGGCCGAGCUUCCCCGUGCGGCCAGCACGGGGGGCGGCAGGCUCGUGCGUGCCCGUGAGGACGCCGCCCUCAGCAGUGCCCCAGCGGCGUCCACGGGCGGUGGCGCCGGCGCGGGCGGCCGCGGCUCGCUCGCGCCAGCAGGGGAGCUGUCCGCGCAGGCCGCCGCGCAGGCAGCCCACCGCGCGGUCGCGGAGCCGCACGCGCGGGCCGCUGCGCAGCCCAACGCGUACGACACCCAGUCGCAUGGGCUUCCACACUCGCUGUGGUCCACCAUGGCAAUACAAUACGAGCAAGAGGUCCUCACGCACGCGCGUUUGACGCUGCAAGUGCGAUGA